GGAGCUGCUUUUUUAUUCUCAGACAGUAUUCCUUCAGGUUGUUAGCGACAGCAAGUUGUCGUCAUUUUGUAGCCAUUCAGCAAGUAACAAAAACAAGCUGAAUCUCUCAUUCCAGUUUUCUAAGGACAAAGUUUCCCAAAACAAAAAUACACCACCACUUCUUGGAGCGCUUAACAUCUCCAGUAGAUAAAAGGACUGAAGCCCAGGUUUUUGAAGACACUUAGGUGCUUGACUCCCACUAGAACUGAAUUAGACCUAAGUACCUAUAAAUAGCUUUAAAACUUUGAGUGACUAUGAAGACCUUCCUCAUCCAUCACUUGGCAAUGGUCCCAUCAGAAUGGAAGUAAUUCAUAUCAGCAAGGUCACAUAAAAAACCUGCAGUUCUGCUUUUCAGAAACUGCUCAUAUCAGAUGAAUUGCUGCAUUCUACCGUAGCUUUUCUUGAAAUACAGCUUCUGAAGUAGAUUACUUAUAUUUGCUAGAGGAAAAAAGUCCUUGCUUGCAUGAAAGUAAAUAUUUAAGGCAGAUAACUUUUAAAAAGGACACAACAUUAUACCGCAAAAAUACCCACCUGUAUUCCUUAUAAUCCAUUUUUUAUUAAAACUGAGAAAUAAAAGUAAAAUUCACAAUUAAAUUACUUUCUGCUGUUUCCAGGGGAUACUCUUUACAUUCCAUUUGGUUUCACUUUGCAGUUCCUCUACCCGUUUUCAGUGCUGUUGUUAUAGACAUAUGUAACCUUCAGAGAACAUUUAUUCCCAAACAUAAAACCUCUAUGGAUUUUACUUUUUGAUAUUUAAUAACAUUUACCUGUGUGUUAGCCUUCAAAUCAUUUUUUUUUUUUUUUUUUUCUCAUUGAAUCCAGAUUUUGGGGCUAGUGCUAAGAAGAGAAUGUGUUUGAAAUGGGGAGGUUGUCGUAUAUAUAUCAGGAGGUCCUUCAGGAUGCCGCAGAGCCAGGAUCAUGUGUGUGGAAGGCUGAGUUUGUUUUAUUCCUUGGGAUCUGAAGAACAACCACUUGCGUUGCAUCCCAUUAUUAAAUGGCAUAGACUUUCUUAAGAAUUGGUUUUUCAAAGAGAGGUGUGCUGAUUAGAUAAGAUGUCAUGGUCUUCCCCCGUCGAUGUAGGAAGAUAGCAGAUAUGAUCGCCUGAGAAAGCAGAGCUACCCAUUGCAAGCAUGGCUUUCGCCCAGUCGCACAUUAUGGCAGCUAGAAGGCAUCAGCACAGUAGACUCAUAAUUGAAGUGGAUGAGUACAGCUCCAACCCCACACAGGCUUUCACGUUCUACAACAUUAACCAGGGACGUUUUCAGCCCCCACAUGUGCAAAUGGUUGAUCCAGUGCCUCAUGAUGCUCCCAAACCUCCAGGGUAUACUCGAUUUGUCUGCAUUUCUGAUACUCACUCGAGAACUGAUCCCAUCCAAAUGCCAUAUGGAGAUGUGUUAAUACAUGCUGGUGAUUUCACUGAGCUGGGACUUCCUAGUGAAGUAAAAAAAUUCAACGAGUGGCUAGGUAGCCUGCCCUAUGAAUACAAGAUUGUGAUAGCAGGAAAUCAUGAAUUGACCUUUGACCAGGAAUUCAUGGCUGACUUAAUCAAGCAGGACUUUUACUAUUUCCCCUCUGUUUCUAAGCUGAAGCCAGAGAGCUAUGAAAAUGUACAGUCUCUUCUAACAAACUGCAUCUAUCUUCAAGACUCUGAAGUGACCGUGAGGGGAUUCAGAAUAUAUGGCUCCCCUUGGCAACCUUGGUUUUAUGGCUGGGGCUUUAAUCUUCCACGAGGCCAAGCACUAUUAGAGAAGUGGAACCUUAUUCCAGAUGGGAUAGAUAUUCUUAUAACACAUGGACCACCUCUCGGUUUUCUAGACUGGGUACCUAAGAAAAUGCAACGGGUAGGAUGUGUAGAGCUGCUGAACACAGUCCAGAGACGAAUACAGCCAAGGCUUCAUGUGUUUGGACAUAUCCAUGAAGGUUAUGGUGUCAUGGCUGAUGGAACUACUACCUACGUGAAUGCUUCUGUGUGCACUGUGAAUUACCAGCCACUAAAUCCACCUAUAAUUAUUGACUUACCUACUCCGAGGAAUACAUGAUUAUAAUAAAGGAUUUCAUGUUGUGCCCAACACAUUAGCAACUUUAUAUUGCUGGCUGAGAAUCCCAGUAGGGAACUAUUCAACAAGAAAAGUUCUUCUUCUCUUUUUCCUGCUAGCUCUUCACAGAUAAAUCUGAGUGACAAAAAUGGAUGAUGAACAAAGACAUUUUGGUGCCAGAAACAGAUUAAAGACAUAUCACCAUUAAAAUGUUUGUGAACACAGAAAAGUGAAUGCAUUCCACAUCUAUAUACAUAUACAUCUCUCUCUCUCUCAAGUAGGGACUUUUGUAUAUACCGUACAUUAUAUUGGACUAAUUAAAAGAACAGUGUCUUUCAGGGGAAUGUUUCUUCAAGAAAGUUUGCAGUUUAAACAAAGUUUAGACUAGGAUUUCUUCAUUUCAGAUGUUUCCCAUUGAGCUCUUGAUAAAAGUGAUGUUAAAGAUGUUUUCCCUUAACACAGGAAACACAAAAGAUGCUUCAUAAAUGAUCAGCCACAAGAGGAAAGCUAUUAUUUCAAGCCUUCCAGGUCUUGAGUCCUUCCGUCUAUUCCAAACCAAUGCAAUAGAGGUCUUAAUUCACUGUACUGAAAUGAAGUUUGCUACAUCUGACAUUAAGGGGAAGGAUGCAUAUUGCCAGCAUGUUGUAAACAGCUCAAAAUCCAAGAAGGGAGAAGGGAGACUGUGUUAAGUGCAGUAUAAACUCAGGAAUUGUAAGCUGGCCUCACCUGUGGGGGGAAAGGGGGGGGGGGAGGGAAGGAAAAAAAAGAAAAAAAAAAACGAUAACAUUUCCCUUAAAAAAAAGAAGGAGUAUAACUGUGUUUUCAUAUGGUAAGGCAAUGCGUGAUUGUCUGUAUAAAGAAAAAGACAAAAACAACACCCAACAACCCAUUGCUCAGUAUUGAAAUUUUAAAUAAAAUCCACUGGGACUAUUUGUUUAAAAA